AUGGACUCUGUAAAAAAAGAGAAAAACUUAAUCUUAGCCUACCAAGCUAUACAACAUAACUCUAAGCUAAGCAUUCGAGCAGCCGCAGCGAUCUACAAAGUUCCAUUUAGCACGCUCAAGGAUCGGAUCAACGGUGUUACUGCGAGACGCGAUACUAUGCCCAAUUGUCGAAAGCUUACAAAUCUAGAGGAAUCAACAAUUGUUGAAUAUAUUCUUGACCUAGAUUCGCGAUCAUUUCCUCCCCGGCUUAGUGGUGUGGAAGAUAUGGCGAAUCGACUGCUCGCCGAUCGCGACGCGCUUCCCGUGGGACCACGAUGGGCUUCAAACUUUGUCAAACGCCAAAAAGAGCUAACCACGCGUUUUACGCGUAGAUAUGACUAUAAGAGAGCCUUGUGCGAAGAUCCAAAGAUAAUUCGGCCCUGGUUUGAGCUUGUGCGCGACAUAGUCGCGAAAUACGGCAUCCUAGAGGAGGAUUUCCACAACUUUGACGAGACUGGCUUUAUGAUGGGCAUAAUCUCAACCACCAUGGUUGUUACAAGCUCAGAUAGACAUGCCAAACCAACAUUGGCUCAGCCAGGUGAUAGAGAAUGGGUUUCGGUGAUCCAAUCUAUUAAUUCUCGAGGUGAGGCUAUCCCGCCAUUUAUCAUCGUUGCGGGGCAAUAUCACCUCGCGAACUGGUAUGAAGACAGCGUGCUGCCGAAGGAUUGGGUUAUUUCUACAACUCACAACGGCUGGACUACAAAUGAGAAAGGUGUUGAAUGGAUUCAGCACUUCGAAAAGCAUACUAAGCCGCGAACUCAAGGCGCAUAUCGUCUUCUGAUCAUGGAUGGGCAUGAAAGCCACCACUCCACGGAAUUUGAGCUGUUUUGCAAGGACCAUCAGAUAAUCACGCUUUGCAUGCCUUCUCAUUCAUCCCAUAUUCUUCAGCCACUAGAUGUUGGCUGUUUUGGGCCACUGAAGAAGGCUUAUGGUAAAGAAAUUGAAGGGCUAAUGAGAGCGGGGAUUACACACAUUACAAAGGCGGACUUCCUACCCGCAUUUUUCACCGCAUUUAAAGCUGCAAUGACGGAAAAAAAUAUCCAGGGGGCUUUUAGGGGUGCAGGCCUUAUCCCAUUUGACCCAAAAAGUGUCUUGUCACGGCUAGAUAUAAGGCCACGGACGCCACCUCCUGUUGAAGAAGCUACUGAGCUACCGCAACUGUGGGUUCCAAAGACCCCAAAUAACCCAACUGAGGCUACUUCGCAGACUGAUUAUAUCAAAAGGCGAAUAAGCCGCCACCAAGGAAGCUCUCCAACGUCAAUUUUGGCUGCUAUGGAUCAAUUUUCGAAGGGUACAUGCGGAACUAUGCAUAAGAUGGCCCUCUUGAAAGCGGAGAACCAGCUACUUCGAGAGGCAAAUGCAAUACUAAGCAAGCGGCGUAGAGCUCGAAAAACGCGUUUACGUCAAGGUGGUAGCAUGACUAUUGCCGAGGGACAAGCUCUUCAGGACCAGAAUGACGUGGAUGAGCAGAUAAAGCAAGAAGAUCGCUGGACGAGAGGUCGCAAACCGAGGGAUGAGAGGAAGGGUCGGCGAUGUGGUGUGUGCGGCAAGCCCGGCCAUAAUGCACGAACAUGUCGGAUUGAUGUGGAAACAUCUAAUGAAGAGGAUACCAGCGAAGAUUAG